AUGUCGGUGAGUGAUAAGAAGUUCAAUGAGAUGAUGACACACAACAAGAUGCUUGAAACCCAAAUCACUCAACUAGCCACCACUUUGAAAGAUUGUGCUAGACCUUCUUCACUACCCUCUCAAGGAGUUGAUCCUAAGAAACCCGUUUAUUCUAUCACCACAAGGAGUGGAAAAGUGCUUGAAGAGAGAAUUUCUAGGAAUAAUGAGAAGGAAGAGAAGAAGAGUGAUUGUGACUUAAGUGAGGAAAAAGAGAAAGAUGUGUCAAAGAGUGUGAGAAAAGAGGAAGUCCUUGAGAAAACGAAGAGUGUUGAGAGAGUGCAAGAGGAAGUGAGAAAAACCGACCUUCCAUAUCCCCAAAAGUUUAUGAGGAACAAGUUAGAUGAACAAUUUGGGAUAUUUCAUGACAUGUUUAAGGAGGUCCAUCUUUCUAUCCCUCUCACCAAAGCUAUGACCCAAAUGACUAGAUAUUCCAAAUUCCUUAAGGAUAUAUUGAGUGGAAAGAGGGAGUGCAAUGAGAUAGAUUUGGUAUAUCUUGGUGCUAGUGUUAGCAUUAUGCCUUACUCGGUGUUCAAGAAGCUUAAGCUAAGAGAACUUCUUCCUACGAACAUGACCUUGGAAUUGGCCGAUAGAUCUAGUAAGCUCCCAAAAGGAAGAGUUGAAGAUGUUCCCCUUAGGAUAGGUGCUAGAAAUUGA